AUGAGUAACACGCACCCCAACACCUCUACUUUAAUCCCGGAUGUGCAGGAGGUGAGGAACGUGAGUGUGGAGCUGCUGUCCCUCAAUCCCUGGGAUGUGGUGCUGUGUGUGACGGGCACGCUGGUGUGUUGUGAAAACGCCUUGGUGCUCGCUCUGAUCGCCCACACUCCCUCUCUGCGAGCGCCAACAUUUGUGCUGGUGGCCAGCUUGGCAUCUUCUGAUCUGCUGGCUGGUUUGAGUUUGAUCCUGAAUUUCAUCGUCAUCUACAUGAUGGACACUGACUUUGUGACAUUGCUAUCAGCAGGCCUGCUCAUCACCGCCUUCUCAGCCUCGGUGCUGAAUGUCCUGGCCAUCACAGUGGACCGCUACCUGUCACUGUACAGCGCUCUUACGUACCACACAGAGCGCGCCGUCACCUUCACCUACGUGGUGAUGAUGCUCGUGUGGUCUACCAGUGCUGCACUUGGUGCGCUGCCUGUGCUCGGUUGGAACUGUCUGCGUGACGAAACCAUGUGCAGCAUCUGUCGGCCGGUGCACAAGAGCAACGCGGCCGCACUCGCCGUCUCCUUCCUUCUCGUCUUCGCCCUCAUUCUGCAGCUGUACCUCCAGAUCUGCAAGAUUGCCGUGCGUCAUGCACAGCAGAUUGCCGUGCAGCGCCACUUCAGGGCCACCUCGCAUGCCACUUCUGCAGCCAAAGGUGUCUCCACACUGUCAGGUAUUUUGGGCACGUUUGCACUCUGCUGGGUUCCACUUGCCAUGUACUCACUGGUGGCAGAUACAUACUAUCCAGCAACUUACACGUAUGCCACGGCUCUUCCGGCUAUCUGCAGCUCCAUCAUAAACCCCAUCAUCUACGCCUUCAGAAACCCGGACAUCCAGAGGUCACUGAGGCUCCUUUGUUGUGGAUGUAUGCCCUAUGGCUUUACAAUGCGACCACGGACACCUAGUGAUGUGUAA